AUGUCCCUAAUAUUCAAAUCAUUAUCAUUGAGAAUACCGAAUAUAACGAAUCCGCUCAACUCUUUAACACAGAUACGUACUGCCACCAAAAGAGUCUCAGGUUCCAAAACAAGUAAUAAAGAUUCAGCAGGUAGAAGAUUAGGUCCAAAAGUUAAUGAAGGUCAUUUUGUUAAACCGGGUCAAAUUAUAAUGAGACAAAGAGGUACUAAAAUUCAUCCUGGUGAUAAUGUUAAAAUUGGAGUUGAUCAUACCAUUUAUGCUGUUGAACCAGGAUAUAUAAGAUUUUAUUAUGAUCCUUUCCAUCCAACUAGAAAAUAUGUAGGUGUAUCAUUGAAAAAAGAUAUAAAACUUCCAAAAGAUCAUUUUGAGCCAAGAUUAAGGAGAUUCGGAUUUGUACCUAUUAGUAACAAGAAGAAAGCUAUAGAAGAAGAAGAAUCAAUGUCAAGAAAAGAAAUACAAUUACAACCAUAUUUAAAAAAACAAGAAAAUAGAAAAUUACAUCAUCAUAUAAGAACAACUAGGAGUUUUAGAGAACAAUUAAAAGAAUUCAAUUUAGAUGUUGAUCCAACCUUGGCAUCAGAAAGAUUAUUUGAAAUUUCACAAUUAGUUCCAUAUCACGAAUUAGAACAAGCUAGAGAACAAGUCACUUAUAAUAAACUUUACGAAUUAAGACUCAAAUUUAGACAAAAUAAACUUUCACAAGAAGAAUUUGAUUCAUCAAAAAUUGAAUAUAUGAAAUUUGCUAAAUCAGUUGAUAACAAAGUAGGAGUUUCCACCGAAGGUAUAUUAUUUAAUAUCGAAUCAUUACCAACAAAAACCGAAACAAUAAGUCAAUUGAAAAAUUUAUUUGAAUCUCAAGCAUUAACUAAAGAGUAUAAAGCAAAAGCAUAUGAAAUAAUAAAAACUCCUGGGGUUUUCAAUUUAAAAGAACAAGAAGAAUUGAAACGUCAAUAUUUACCUAGAGUAUUACCAUUAAAUACUCCUGGAUCAAUUAUUAAAAAACUUGACUUAAAUAAUAUACCUAAAAAUAUAAAAAUUCAAAAAAUCUAUGAUGAAGUUAAUCGUAAAGUUUUAACUGUUGGACGUCCAACUGAAGUUUUUAACUGA